AACCUCCACUUAGAAUUAGCAAGGAGGGAUGGUUGAUUAAAAAAUAGAGCGAGCGCCUAAGAUGGAGGGAGUAGCUAUCUGGUUACAGGAAGUAAAAAAGAUUUGAUUUUAUAGGCAAAUCAUUCUCAUUCUCCUCUCCGCCAAUGCGGGGCCCAGGCACGAAGCAGGCACUAAUCCCGCUCACAGUCCGUUGGGCUCGCAACUAAUAUUAGUUUUCCACACUGGAUCGGCUCUUGCUUUUGAAAUAAUUACAAGAUUCUAUUCAAAAUAACAUCGAUUACAACUUGGCUUCUCCUGUUUUCGGCUGUAAGCUCAGUUGGACCUACAAGGAUGACCUCCGAUGCCAAGACUCCAGCCAUUCACUACAAAGUUUAAGAAACAGGGCAAAUUUCACUACCCUGCUGCUCGCUUUGGUGAUGGGUUGGUUAGUAUGUUUGAGAUCUCCUAAAACAUCGGAUAAUAGAGGAAUUAGAGACGGCAAGUCAGUCACUUCGCACUCCUCCCAUCAUUCCAGAAAGGCUUCUACAGAGAGUCCGAAUGAGAAGUACUCCUCUAAUCGCGGAUCCAAUGCCAAUAUUGCUGCUCACACUUUUAGAUUUCGGGAGCUUGCAACUGCAACCAACAACUUCAGACCUGAAUAUCUGCUAGGAGAAGGGGGUUUUGGCCGAGUUUAUAAGGGGCGUUUGGAGAGCACCGGCGAGAUUGUUGCAAUCAAACAACUUGACAGAAAUGGACAUCAAGGAAAUCGGGAGUUCCUUGUUGAAGUUCUCAUGUUGAGCCUCCUCCAUCAUCCAAACCUGGUGACCUUAAUUGGUUACUGUGCUGAUGGCGACCAGAGGCUUUUAGUUUAUGAGUUUAUGCCCUUGGGAAGCUUGGAAGAUCAUCUUUUUAACAUCUCACCCGAUAAGAAGCCUUUGGGAUGGCACACUAGAAUGAGAAUUGCAGCCGGUGCAGCUCGUGGGCUGGAACAUUUGCAUGAUAAAGCAAACCCACCUGUAAUAUAUCGAGAUUUCAAAUCUGCAAAUAUAUUACUUGGCGAAGGUUAUCAUCCAAAACUGUCUGAUUUUGGGCUGGCUAAGCUUGGUCCAGUUGGGGACAAGACUCAUGUCUCUACGAGAGUUAUGGGGACAUAUGGCUAUUGUGCUCCAGAGUAUGCUAUGACAGGCCAACUGACUUUGAAGUCAGAUGUCUACAGUUUUGGUGUUGUUUUGCUAGAGUUGAUUACAGGAAGAAAGGCAAUUGAUAAUCUUAGACCUCAUCAAGAGCACAAUCUUGUAAAAUGGGCCCAUUCUCUGUUCAAAGAUCGGAAAAUGUUUCCUCAAAUGGCUGAUCCAUUGCUAGAAGGUCGCUACCCAGCGCGUGGUUUGUAUCAAGCUCUUGCAAUUGCAGCCAUGUGUAUCCAAGACCAAGCUUCUACUCGCCCUCUUAUUGGUGAUGUUGUCACUGCUCUUACUUACUUAGCUACUCAAACAGAUGAUUAUUCUAUUGAUUCCAUUCCCAGUAGUAGACACUCCUGGGCUUCCUCUUAUACAGAGAAUAAAGAUGCUGAAAGAGAUCCAAGUAGUACGACAGAAAUCCAGGACAAGGAAUAUCAAGAAGAACCUGGUACUGAACAAGGUGAAAUUUUGAAAUCUCAAACAUCUCCCUGUGACGAUCGGGAACAAGACCUUGCUGGGGACUUCAAGAACAUAAGCAGCCAGUACGGAUGAUUUACAAAACAGGGCUUAGAAGCAAUUGCAGUUUUUAUUUUCAAAUUUAAUCAUGCUGUUGCUAACACUAUAUAACGGAUUGAAAUAGGAGAGUGAAGAGAAAAGCAAUGUUGUUUGUCUGAUGGAGGUAUAAGAUAGCUAACAUUGCUGUCUUUGGGAUCUCUUGUCACAAUUGUCAUUCUGUGGUUCUUGCAGCUAGCUAUUUAAUAUUAACCCUCUUCUAGUGGAUGAGAGCCAUCAGUAAAGAGGCCUCAUCCUUACAUGGGUACAUAAUUCUUGGUUUUGACAGAAUGGCGAUAGUUUGUGACUUUGGUUAAUGUUUGUCUAUGUCUAAAUCACUGUUGUGCAAACAAUUGUUCUAUGUUAUUAGUGGUUUCACUUGUGGGUUGAGAAA